AUGGCGACACUUGAGCACACCGUUUCGCGCGGUUUACAGUGUCCAGUUUGUUUGAGUUUUCUAAAUGAUCCCAAACAACUAUCAUGUUCACAUACGUUUUGUCAAAAAUGUAUCCGAAAUAUCCUAGCGUGCUCUUUACAGAAUGAUACUUUAACUUGUCCAUUAUGUCGAAUCAAAACAAAUGUCGCGGAUGGAAAUGUUGCCAAUCUUAAAACUAAUGUACCUGUGAAGUCACUUGUUGAUGCCAUCAGGAAUAGUAAACAGCUCUGUGAAAUGUGUGACGAGCAAUCAAGAGCCACACACUUCUGUUGCGAUUGUGGUAAGAACGUGUGUAACGCAUGUCUGCAAGAUCAUAAUACAUGGAAACCUAAUCUUAAACAUAAAGUAGUGAGGGUUGAAGACAUCAGAGAGGGUAGGGUAGUCUUAAAGAAAAAGGUUUACUGUCAAGAAGAAGUACACCAAUCAGAAGAGUACGAAUGCUCUGACGUAUGCACGACAUGUAAGAAGCUUAUUUGUUUGAGAUGUCGCAUGCUCUACCACGAGAAAAAAGGCCACGAUGUGAAAGAUAUUAGAGAGUACAAUUCGUCUUUCAAAAAGAGCUCUGAAUUACUUCAGGGUUUAGGAAAGACAAAAGCUACAAGAGUCAAGAAUCAUAUGACCUGUAUUGAUAAUCAAAUCAAACGUGUCAAUGAUCACAUUAAUGCGGAAAAUUUGAAGCUUGACAAGAUUUGUGCAGAAGCUAUCAAGAAAAUAAAAGAGAGGAAUGCUACCUUGAAAAUGCAACUAGACGAUCAGAGAGAAGAAUUAUGCAAGAGUUUAAGUAAUAUGAAAAAUGAUGAUGAGAGGUUGGAUAGGAGCAUUGAGAGUGCGAUAGAAUUGGUGAGUAAUACUUUGAAAGCCCCACUAGAAGGAGAUGUUGUAGCAAUUCGUGAUUCAUUGUCUAGUGAAUUGAGGAAUGUAUUAGACAGAGAUGAUCCAAAGGAAAAGGUUGCUAUUGAUGUAGGUGAUCAUGCAGAAGAACUGACGUUUACACCAAGCUGCGAUCAUAGUGCAUUAUUAAUGGGGGAACUAUGGGUUGUGAAUUGCGAGCCCGCGAAAUGCAAUGUAUUGCUCACAAAGAAAGAUAGUAUGAAUGGCAUUGCGGCUACAAAGAAUGGUACAAUGGCUGUUGGGUCAAGAUUUGGAGGAAUUGAAAUCUUCUCUUCUGAUGGUCAUCUACAGAAGACAGUCCUGAAAGAUGUAGAAAAUUGGGGAGUAGGAUUCCUCUCUGAUGGUCGUUAUGUUGUACGUGAUGCACACAAUAAGAUAUCACUGUACACAUCAAAUGAAGAGAAGCAGGAUGUAUCAUUCAAAACUAUAGGUAAAAGUGAAGGUGGACAAGGAGGUCUCACUGUAGACAGCAAUGAUGUGAUCUAUGUUAGCUACAGGGACGCUAAUAAGAUCCAGGUAUUCUCACCAUCAGGUGGGAAGGCUGUCAGGGAGAUUCCGUGCGAUGGAUGUGAACAAAUCACAAAUUAUGGUGAUUCAUUAAUCGUUAAGCAGUUUAGGAAUGUAAUAAUACGUAUUGAUAAAAACGGUGGUGUAAUGCAUAAAUUAACGAAACCAGUGGGAAAUAACCUGUUUGCUGCUGUGAGUAAAAACAAUACAAUCCUGAUUGCCUCUGUAAUAUACGAGGACGGUCUACUCAAUAUUGAUGAGUACACCGGUAAACUGAAACACAUCAAGACUCUUCUAUAUGGUUACAAGAUUGAGAAAACGGAGAGGAAAUGGCAAUACAUAAGACAGGUUCAAUCAGGAGAGAUAGCUUUCUGCACAACGGACAGCCUCUACAUAUUCAACUAG